AUGUACUCGAAACUCAUUACUAUCGCACUCGUCUUCGCUGCCACCUUUGCACCCACGGGGGCAGCCACUAUCCCUAGGGACAACGAUGAGCAUAUUGUCGCUCGGUGGGAAGUUCCCCCUGCCAACCCCAAUCAAGUUUCGUGCAACGGCUAUCAGCCUUGGCAGCACGAUCUCGCAUACGACGGUGGCUCCUCAGUGAUUCAUAACAGCCAACUAUGGACCGCUAAAGAGUGGAGUUACAACAACGGCCCCGGCACUCCUGCCAACCAGUGGUAUCAGAAGGGGUGUUGCCUCGAACCAAUCUAUAAUAAAGCCUAUUGCGAUUACACUUCCCCUUGGAGCAAGACCACUGCUUACAGUCAGGGCUCUCAGGUGACUGACAAUAAACAUCUGUGGAUGUCUGUGCAGUGGACGCAGAGUAAUAAGCCAGGAGACACUUCCGGUACUUGGAGAGAUUUGGGUGUUUGCCGUGAAUAA